CCCACAACGCGAGUAUCACCACCACCAAGAAACGAGAGGGCUCUAGUGGCGAGCGGAAAGAUGACGGGUCUGGGACCUGCCUUCAGCAGCAUCAGACGCAGCAGCAGCAGCAGCAGCAGCAUCAACAAAAUCUACAGCUACAGCACCAGCAGCAGCAGCAGCAGCAGCUGCGAAGGCACAUCGUCGAGGACAGGACCAGAUGCAGUUUGAAGGCUGCGGCUGCAGACAAGGCUAUAACGCCCAGGGUUCCAGCAGUUUCUCAGGAUGGGUUCAGCUUCACUCCGGGAGAGAGUGGACGUGGGAUCGCCCUCAAUCGCCAGCGAGGGAGAAGCGUGGGCGAUAUAGAAGAACUCACUCGUAUGGAAAAGAUCCUGGACGAGUGGACGCCCUACGCUUCACUAGAUCACGUGGGUGGUGUGAGGCCUCGUGGGUAUGUACAGGCCACCAGGGUUAACCAGGAUGGGAGUGGUGCCAAAGGCAUCAAUAGACCAGCUGUAAGACAGUCUGGACAUCAUCUUCAUCAUAGUUCUCAGUCAUUAGGAAUGAAAGUUAGGAGUAUCUCUGCAGACUUACAGAUGACAAAUGCUUUAGCAGACAGUAGGUAUAGAAGUAAAUCUUAUGAUAACCAUCACUAUCAGAAUACUCGAGGGCGAGAUUUCAAGCCUAUAGCAAUCACUGACAUAAGCAAACUAAGCACCUCACAGACUCUGAUCGACUCGAAACGUGAUGGGUUUGAUCUACGAAUACAAAACAAGGGAAACAUGAUGCGAAUCCCAAGACAAAAUGAAACUGGCAUUUACUCACAAAGUGGACACUUGGAAAAUGGAGUACAUCAAGGACGGAGGCUUAACACUUUUACUGGCCAGCAUGACAACAGAAGCCUCACGUCUGAUGAAACUUCAAUUGACAACAGAAGUUUCAGAGUAGAAAAUGGCUUAGGUGACACUGCGACUCACAGCAUCAUCAGAGCUUGGCAUGAUUCAGAGGGGAUCAGAUGGGGCAGUUCUAAGAGUGGGAAAGUAGUCGUUAAUGAAGAUAAGUGGAUAGUGCGGGAUGUCACUGGACAAUUUUACCGGGAGAGCUUUGUAAACAGUCAUGAUACAGAGAGCAAAAAUAUACUCUGGGCUCAUGGAUCUGACAACAAAAAGAUACACAUGGAUAAAAAGGGAAGGACGGGCGGUGUAGAGAGCAAAAUAACGAGGAAGAAGGAAGAAAAGCAGAGGAGGAACAAAGAAAACAUGACUAACUGGCUGACAGAAGAUACUCUGAGGCAAAUGGAGGAUUACCACAGUGAUGAAUUCACUAAAAAAUUCAUCAAGGGAAACAAGACAUUAGCCAAUAAAAGCACUCAAGUGAAGUUUGAGAAGAAGCCAUCUAAAAUCAUGACGUUCGACAAGGGAAGCAAGAACUGGAAGGUGGAACACGGAGAGAAUAAUGAUGCAGAAGACUUCCACUUUGUAAAGAGAGGGAUACGAUUUUGGGAUGGCAACAAGAGGGAGAGGGAGAGCAGCAGCCCAGAGAGGACCCACAAAAUCAGCGUCUCUUCUUGGAAACGGAAAGAGGAGGAGAAGAGAGUGAAAGAGGAAGUGUGGGAGUACAGAGAGGAGGACCCUGCUUGGGUUCAGAGAGCUGACAAAAACAUCCGACUGAAAAACCAAAAGGAGAGGAUACAUGACGCCGAGAAGACGCGCUCAGCCGAUCAGGACAAAAACACUGCUACUAAAAGGGACAAACUCCUUGGGGCUAAGCUUGGAAUUCAAGAGGGAAGAGGAAAUUACUGGAGGAUUGGUCACGGAGAGAAAUCCAUGAGUAAAGAACUCCAGGUAGUGAGAACAAGUGAUGAACAGCUCACAAGCUUCUAGAAAGAAUGAACUUUGAUGAAGCUGUGGCAAGCAAACCUGUAUUUCCUUAUUUUGGCUUGCCAACUUAUCAGUCAAUAUUACAGGUUAUUAUUUGCUAGUGAUAAACAUCUCACAAAAGCAAACCUGUGCUUAUUUUGGCCUGGCAACCUAUCUGCCAACAGUUUUAGUGAUUUCUGUAUCCUUAUAUUGGCUUGGCAACCUAUCAGUCAGAAUUGCAGGUAAUUUUUUGCAUGUGACAAACAUCUCAUAAGCUUUCUAGACAGAAAGAACUCUGCCAUAGCUGUGACAAGAAACCUGUUUCCUUAUCUUGGCCUGGCAACCUAUCAUCAGUUAUUUCAGAGGAUUUGUUAACGGUAGGCAGCCAAGACACGAUAAUGUAGCCAUCAGAAUGAAUGGCUGUGGUUACAAUGAGACUGAGUAAAAUAAUUUUGUUAUUGUUUGUCAAGAAAAUUGUAAUUAAGGUACAUAUAAUAUAAAACUUAUGUUUAUAUAUCACACUGUAAAGAAUUUCAACAUGCAUCCUUUUCAACCAAGUGAUUAUUCAAGUCGAUAUUUACACACACACACACACACACACACACACACACACACACACACACACACACCAAAUCAAAUACUGUACAGAACUUAGCAUGUCAUAAUCAUAGUUAAGGAAUUUAACCACUGCCUAAAAAAACAAACAAACAUCUUUACUUGCGCUUUAGAAUGUAAAUAAAUAACCGCAAAGAUAUAAGUCCAAUCUUUCAUGUCUACAUAAAUUUGCUGCAAGGUUAGUUGCAAAUAAUGGAUCAUUAUUUAAGAUAAAUGUCCUGGGUCAUCUAUUGCAUAUAACAUCAGGUUAAGCCAUUAUUGCAAAUUUAUGUUCAUAAGGUCAUUCCAAUAUUUUCCCCCAAAAAAGUAUUUAGAUACAGCUUGCAUGUCUUCAGGGAGUCUGUAGAAUCCUAUAAUAAUAAUAAUAAUAAUAAUAAUAAUAAUAAUAAUAAUAAUAAUAAUAAUAAUAAUAAUAAUAAUAAUAAUAAUAAUAAUAAUAAUAAAGCUUUUACUGAAAAUAAUGGCUAUUUCAGCCGCGUUUAUUUUGUAUAGAAGUUUCUCUAUUCUUCUUAUUAUUGAGUUUUCUUCUGCACUCAA